AAGAUAAUUAUCAAUUUUAUCGGAGAAUUUAUACCAUUUAUUUUGUGACACGUGUGAAGAAUCAAAAAAGAAACAAUAAACAGAAAAAGCUUAAUUUGACAGUUAAAAAUAUCAACGUUAAGAAACGAUGUUUAUAAAUAUAUUGCUAUUAUUCAUAUUUAUUUUAUCGAUAUAUUAUUAUUACGUACAUUAUGGAAGAAAAGGACGACUUCUUCAUCUUAUACCGGAACCUCCGAGCGUUCCGAUUUUUGGUCACGCACACCUAGCCCAACUUUCAGCAGUGGAACAAUGGAAAGUAUUUUGUACACUAACUGAUAAGUAUUAUCCUAUUCUGAAAGUAUGGGGAUUACACGAAUUUGCUGUGUCUAUCCGUCAUCCAGAUGAUCUGGAGAAGAUAUUAAGCAGCACUAAGCACAUCGAGAAAAGUCGUUUAUAUAAUAUACUACAUCCCUGGUUCGGCACAGGUCUCCUCACCAGUACAGGCGUUAAAUGGCAAACACGGCGAAAGAUGUUAACACCUGCAUUCCAUUUUAAUAUAUUAAAUCAGUUUAUUGAUAUCUUUAUCAAGGAAGGUGAUUGCAUGACAAAAUCUUUGAAGGAUGUCGGAGGGACAGUUGUGAAGGAUUUAUUAUCAUUUAUCAGUGAAUAUACGCUAAACGCAAUAUGCGGUAAUAUUCUAAAUGAUAUUAAUAUGAAUUCUAUAACGUCAUUGCGGAAAGAAAACUUUAUCAUGAAACAUACAGGUAAUCGAUACUUAAAGAAUAUUGGAGAUAAUAAAGAGACAGAGGCAGAAGAUGUCGAAGUAUUUGGAAUUAAAAAAAAACGGCUAGCCAUGUUGGACCUUUUAAUAGCGGCAUCUCGAGAAAGUUCUUUAACUGAUUUGGACAUAAGAGAGGAAGUCGAUACUUUCAUGUUUGAAGUACGUAUAUGUAAUAUCUUUUUUAAUUUUUUAUUUUGGCCAAAUCCAGAAAUAUUUGAUCCUGAUAGAUUCUUGCCCGAAAACAUACGAAAUCGUCAUCCUUAUUCCUACAUACCAUUCAGCGCAGGACCAAGAAAUUGCAUAGGUCAACGAUUCGCUCUGUUGGAAUUGAAGGCUAUGAUAGCUCCUUUGGUGCACAAUUUUUAUUUGGAGCCCGUUGAAUGUUAA